CGCAGCCGGAGCCGCGGGGGCGCCAGUGCCGCGAGUCGAGCGGGAGCAGAGGAGGUGAGGGAGGAGGGCCAGAGAGGCAGUUGAAAGAUGGCGGACGAGGCGGCGCUCGCCCUUCAGCCCGGCGGCUCCCCCUCGGCGGUGGCGGCUGAGAGGGAGGCCCCGUCGCCCCCCGCCGGGGAGCCGCUCCGCAAGAAACCGCGGAGAGACGGCCCGGGCGUCGGGCAGAGCCCGGGCGAGCCUGGUGGGGCGGCCUUGGAGCGUGAGCUGCCGGCGGCGGCGGGCGGCUGCCCGGCGGCGGCGGUGCUGUGGCGGGAGACCGCUGCGGGCGGGGAGCGGGAGGCCCAGGCGGCUGCGGCGGCAGGAGAAGGAAACAAUGGGCCGGGCUUACAGGGCCUAUCCCGGGAGGUGCCCCCGGCCGACGACUUCUACGACGACGACGACGAAGACGAGGGCGAGGAGGAGGAAGAGGCGGCGGCAGCGGCGGCUAUUGGGUACCGAGAUAACCUUCUGUUUGGUGAUGAAAUCGUCACCAAUGGUUUCCAUUCUUGUGAAAGUGAUGAGGAUGAUAGAGCCUCACAUGCCAGUUCUAGUGACUGGACUCCAAGACCACGGAUAGGUCCAUAUACUUUUGUUCAGCAACAUCUCAUGAUUGGCACAGAUCCUCGAACAAUUCUUAAAGAUUUACUACCAGAAACAAUUCCUCCACCUGAAUUGGAUGAUAUGACACUGUGGCAGAUUGUUAUUAAUAUCCUUUCAGAACCACCAAAAAGGAAAAAAAGAAAAGAUAUUAAUACAAUUGAAGAUGCUGUGAAAUUACUACAAGAGUGCAAAAAAAUAAUAGUUCUAACUGGAGCUGGGGUUUCUGUUUCUUGUGGAAUACCUGACUUCAGGUCAAGAGAUGGCAUUUAUGCACGCCUUGCAGUAGACUUUCCAGACCUUCCUGAUCCUCAAGCAAUGUUUGAUAUUGAAUAUUUCAGAAAAGAUCCAAGACCAUUCUUCAAGUUUGCAAAGGAAAUAUAUCCUGGACAGUUCCAGCCAUCUCUCUGUCACAAAUUCAUAGCCUUGUCAGAUAAGGAAGGAAAACUGCUUCGCAACUAUACUCAGAACAUAGAUACACUGGAACAGGUUGCAGGAAUCCAGAGGAUAAUCCAGUGUCAUGGUUCCUUUGCAACAGCAUCUUGCCUGAUUUGUAAAUAUAAAGUUGACUGUGAAGCUGUACGAGGAGAUAUUUUUAAUCAGGUGGUUCCUCGAUGUCCUAGGUGCCCAGCUGAUGAACCACUUGCUAUCAUGAAACCAGAGAUUGUCUUUUUUGGUGAAAAUUUACCAGAGCAGUUUCAUAGAGCCAUGAAGUAUGACAAAGAUGAAGUUGAUCUUCUCAUUGUUAUUGGGUCUUCCCUGAAAGUAAGACCAGUAGCACUAAUUCCAAGUUCCAUACCCCAUGAAGUGCCUCAGAUAUUAAUUAAUAGGGAACCUUUGCCUCACCUGCAUUUUGAUGUAGAGCUUCUUGGAGACUGUGAUGUCAUUAUUAAUGAAUUGUGUCAUAGGUUAGGAGGUGAAUAUGCCAAGCUUUGCUGCAACCCUGUAAAGCUUUCAGAAAUUACUGAAAAGCCUCCACGAACACAAAAAGAGUUGGCUCACUUGUCGGAAUUACCACCCACACCUCUCAAUAUUUCAGAAGGCUCUAGUUCACCAGAAAGAACUUCACCACCAGCUUCUUCAGUGACUGUCCCUCUUUUAGACCAAGCAACAAAGAGUAAUGUUGAUGAUCUAGAUGUGUCUGAGUCAAAAGACUGUGUUGAAGAGAAAUCAAAGGAAGUACAGACUUCUAGGAGCAUUGAAAGUGUUAAAGAACCGAUGGAGAGUCCAGGUUUGAAGAAUGUUGCCUCCGGUAAUGGAGAGAAAAAUGAAAGAACUUCAGUUGCCGAAACAGUGAGAAAAUGCUGGCCAGCUAGACUUGCAAAGGAGCAGAUUAGUAAACGGCUUGAUGGUAAUCAGUAUCUGUUUUUACCACCAAACCGUUAUAUUUUCCAUGGCGCUGAGGUAUAUUCAGACUCUGAAGAUGAUGUCUUAUCCUCUAGUUCUUGUGGCAGUAACAGUGAAAGUGGAACUUGCCAGAGUCCAAGUCUAGAAGAACCCAUGGAGGAUGAAAGUGAGAUUGAAGAAUUUUACAAUGGUUUGGAAGAUGAUGCUGAUGUUAAUGUGCGAGCUGGAGGAACUGGAUUUGGAGCUGAUGGAAGUGACCAAGAGGCAGUUAAUGAAGCUAUAUCCAUGAAACAGGAAGCAACAGGCGUUAACUAUCCAUCAAACAAAUCAUAAUGUAAUAAUUGUCCAGGUACAGGAAUUGUUCCACCAGCAUUAGGGACUUUAGCAUGUCAAAUUGAACAUUUACUUGUGAACCCAGUAGCGCAAGGAAACCAGAAAGGUGUAAUAUUUAUAAACUGGUAAAAGAUUUUCUUCCCAUGGGUAAUUUUUAACUUCUUGUUUCUGUGCUUAUAUACUCAAACACUAACUUUUUUUUUUUUUUAAAGAAAGGUACUAAGUAUCUUUAAUCAGCUGUUGGACAAGACUUUGUUUUAAAGAUUCAUUUGUAUGAUAUAUCCCCAUGUAUAUAUAAUUUUUUUUUUUUUUUGCCUAGUGAGUUUCAACAUUUUAAAGUUUUCAAAAAGCCAUUGGAAUGUUAAAUUAAUGUAAAGGGAACAGCUUAUCUAGACCAAAGAAUGGUACUUUCACACUUUUCUUUGUAACAUUGAAUGGUUUAAAAUCCUCAAAUCUGUCUGCUGAACUUUUGAUUCUUUAUUAGCACAAUUACCUAUUUUUUAAACACUGGCAUUUUUCCAAAACUUGUGGCAGCUAACUUUUUAAAAAUCUCAUGACAUGCAGUGUGAGCAGAAAGAAGUCAACGGUAUGUGGGAGAGCACUUAGUUGUCUUUGCUUUUUAAAGUGAGACUUGGUGCUAAUCGUUUCAGGAAUAUUGUAUUGUUCAAAUGAAGAUGGCUUUUGUACUUCCUGUGGACAUGUGGUAAUGUCUAUAUUGCCUCAUAAAACUAACCUAAAAAACAAAUAAAUGCUUUGGAAAUGUUUCAGUUGCUUUAGAAACAGUAGUGCCUGCCUUGGUCCCCUUAGUUAUAAGAAUAUUUGCCAUUGUUUAAAUACCUAUCACUGUGGUAGAGCUUGCAUUGAUCCUUUUCCACAAGUAUUAAACUGCCAAGAUGUGAAUUUGCAAAGUCUUUAUGAACCAAUAAUAAUGGUACUUCAACUUGGGGAGAGUGUAAUAAUUUGGACUGUUGCUCCCCCUUACCCCUGCACCCCCCAUUAAGUGAGAGCAACAGGCUCUGAUUUAGGUUCCAAAGCCAGUAAGUACAUGUUUCCUGUUGGGAAGAUUUGGUGUAAUAAACACCAAACUACUAGCCUAGUAUUACGGAGAUGAAGGCGAUGUGACUUGUAAUACCAGAAUAGCUGAUGAAACAAACUAGUUCCUAUAAAAAGCUUAGCCUGCCUUAAAACUAGACAUCAAUUUUCUCAGCUGCAGAAGCUUCUAGCCUUUCAAAAAAGUUCAUACUUUAUAAAGUUGCAGAGAAGCAUUUAUUUUCCAGUCCUUUCCCCAAUGUUACUUCCAAUAAAGUAUUCCUAUGUUGCUUUAGUAUUUAUUACAAUUUAACAAAAAAGGGUUUGAAAUGUAGCUGUUCUUUAAGUAUAAAAUACCCAGCUUGGACCAUUACUGCCGGAGAAGAGUUUUAUUGAAUGGCUAUUUCCCUACCUAAAAGAGGUCUCAAACUGAAUUUAUUGGGCUACACUAAAGAAUGCAGUAUAUUUAGUUUUCCAUUUGCAUGAUGUGUGUUUGUGCUAUAGAUGAUAUUUUAAAUUGAAGAAUUUGUUUUAAAUUAUUUUUACAGUGAAGACUGUUUUCAGCUCUUUUUAUAUUGUACAUAGUCUUUUAUGUAAUCUACUGGCAUAUGUUUUGUAGACUGUUUAAUGACUGGAUAUCUUCCUCCAACUUUUGAAAUACAAAACCAGUGUUUUAUACUUGUACACUGUUUUAAAGUCUAUUAAAAUUGACAUUUGACUUUUUUCUGUUA